AAAAAUUGGGUCCCUAACCUCAAGCACUCUAGUUAACUAAACUAAACAACAAAAUCGUUUCCACAUAAUAAAUUGUGGGGCUGUGGCCUUCCAUUAGGGAUUCUGCUCAUUUUGGAGUCAGAAAAGUGCCAAAUUAUGGCAAUUUGCGGUCAAAUUUUGAAUCGCGCUCCGAAAAGUCGGCCUGUGAUUGGCGCAAACAUCACAGUUCGAAAAAUAAUAAUAAAUGUGCCCUUAACCUCAAAUUUGUAUACAAAUUAAAUGUGACAAGUGUGCGGGCCCCCCUUCGCAAACAUUCCACUAAAAUGUCUGAUCUCGACCAAAAAAUCGCCCAAAUUAAAGCCAACGUGACGUCCUACCCCGACUUCCCCAAACCCGGCAUCCUCUUCAGGGACUUGUUUUCAGUGUUCCAAAAGCCUGAACUCAUUGCAAUUUUACGUGACGUUUUGGUGUCUUUUGCACGCAAAAUUGAGCCCCCGGCUGAAUGUAUCGUGGGAUUGGAUGCUCGGGGGUUUCUCUUGGGGCCGUUGAUGGCGAUUGAUUUGAACAUACCUUUCGUUCCAAUUCGGAAAAAGGGUAAACUACCGGGGAAAAUUUUGUCGGCGCAGUAUGCUCUCGAGUACGGUCAUGACACUGUUGAAAUUCAGGAAAAUAGCAUAAGUAAGGGGCAACGCGUCCUGCUUGUGGACGAUUUGUUAGCCACGGGGGGCAGUCUAGGGGCUGCCUGCCAGCUCGUGCGAGGGGCAGGUGGCGAAGUCGCAGGGUGUCUCGUUCUAAUGGAGCUCGAGGGGCUCAAAGGCCGGGAGAAGGUGCCAGCAGAGGUAUUGUCCAUUAUUAAAUAUUAAUUUUUUGAUUGAUAUUUCAAUCGAGAGUGCCUUGCAUUCCAUCAAGUAGUGAAAUAAAAAACCUAUUUUUGUCAA